AUGCGCCAACUUGUUCUGCUUCAUAGAGCCUCAACCAGCCAAACUGAAGCCAACCCAUUUGAGGAAACAAGCACCACUACUUACCCAGUUGAUCAAAUCCAUGGAAUUUGGUUUCUAACAGUGAAAUCAGAACCAUUGUUGUCUGAGAGGAAGGGGGCAAAAAACACCAUCUUAAUGUUGAGGCCAUUUAUGAAGUCACCUGCCCGAUUUUCUGCCGUCUUCGUCCUCCUCUUCCUCCUCUUCGGUGCUUUCGUCUGCACGCGCCUUCUCAACUCCCCUAUUCUAGUGGAUACUUCAGCCGAAGAACCAAUAAUUACCACCAGAACAUCCCGAAAACACUCUCGUGAGAUCCCACUAAACUGCACUGCUUACGACCUCACACGAACCUGCCCGUCAAACUACCCUACUACCACCUCCCAGCCGGAGCAAGAUCCUGACCGUCCAUUACCACCCACGUGUCCAGAAUACUUCCGCUGGAUACACGAGGACCUCAGGCCAUGGGCCCAUACGGGGAUCACGAGAGACAUGCUACAGCGAGCCAAGCGUACGGCCAAUUUCAAGUUGGUGAUUGUAAAUGGGAAAGCUUACGUGGAGAAGUAUCAGAAGUCAUUUCAGACCAGAGACGUUUUUACAAUGUGGGGGAUUCUGCAGUUGUUACGGAGGUAUCCAGGACAGGUGCCUGAUUUGGAGCUCAUGUUUGACUGCGUUGACUGGCCGGUGAUUUCAUCAAACGAUUAUAGUGGUCCCAAUGCCACGGCCCCACCACCGUUGUUCCGCUACUGUGGGGAUGACAACUCACUCGAUAUUGUCUUCCCUGAUUGGUCCUUUUGGGGAUGGGCUGAGAUCAAUAUAAAGCCAUGGGAGGUUUUGUUAAAGGACCUAGAGGAUGGCAACAAGAGGAAGAGGUGGAUAGACAGAGCACCUUAUGCUUAUUGGAAGGGGAAUCCAUCUGUUGCUGCAACCAGGCAAGAUCUCCUCAAAUGUAAUGUUUCUGACCAACAGGACUGGAACGCUCGCGUUUACGCUCAGGAUUGGUUACGAGAAUCAAGCGAAGGGUACAAGCAAUCGGAUUUGGCAAGCCAAUGCGUUGAUAGGUAUAAGAUCUACAUAGAAGGGUCUGCUUGGUCUGUCAGUGAAAAAUACAUCCUUGCCUGUGAUUCUGUUACCUUGAUAGUAAAACCCCGUUACUACGAUUUCUUCACAAGACGUUUGAUGCCAGUAGAGCACUAUUGGCCGAUCAAGGAAGACGACAAGUGCAGGUCUAUUAAGUUCUCUGUUGAUUGGGGCAACACUCACAGGCGAAAGGCACAAGCAAUUGGAAAGGCAUCAAGUAAUUUAAUUCAAGAGGAGCUGAAGAUGGACUAUGUGUAUGACUACAUGUUUCAUCUUUUGAAUGAGUAUGCAAAGCUCUUACAAUUCAAGCCCACCGUACCUAAAAAAGCCGUUGAGCUCUGCUCGGAGGCAAUGGCUUGCCAAGCAGAAGGAACUGAGAAGAAGUUUAUGCUGCAGUCUCUGGUGAAGGGCCCUGCAGUCAGUGAGCCAUGCACAAUGCCUCCGCCUUAUGAUCCUUCAUCUCUUUUUGCAGUGCUUAGGAGAAAAGCAAAUUCCAUUAAACAAGUUGAAACAUGGGAGAGGAAUUACUGGGAGAGUCAGAGUAAGAAAUCAUAG